AUGCGCAGCUCCACCAGAUCCGCCACGCGCAGCUCCGCCCUACCGAGCUCCUCCAUCACGCCGAGGCGAGCCAAGCCCAACCACCCGACUGCCCUGAACACUCUCCAGCCUCCCAGCCCUUGUGGGUUGCUCCAGCACCCACCGCCUCGUUCUCCUUCCCUCUUGCCACCUUCUCCCCCUCUAAGCUCCGAUCUCGUCGGCCUCUCAGUAAACAGCUCUUUCGAGCAUCAACUGCAAGCGAACCACUCUUUGGUGCAUCAACCUCUAACUGCCCCUGAGCCCAACGCCACAGCCACGUGUCACAAUGCCACAGGUCUGGUUGCUCUUCAGGCGGAGGAAAGCGCAGACUCUUCGGUUCAACCUCUCUCUUUACGUGCUCUGGCAGUUCACCUCCUCCUAACCCUGCUCUACGUGCUCUACACAGCGCUGUGCCCUCUCCUAGGGCUGCUAUGGUGGAUCGGCGUUUCUCAAGCACAAGUGAGGGCGUGGGUACAGCGACAGGGCUGUGCUGUGAGGGAGUGGGUGCAGCGGCAGCGAUCAGCUUUGGGGGCCAAGCUGAUGAAUCUGAGGAGAGCAGCUGCGUCUCGCAUGACACUUGGAAUCUUCCCCCGACUCCACAAUGCCAUUGAGCUGUGUGUUGCGCGGAUGAGAAGCGUGAGAGAAGCUCUUGUUGGAAUUCUCAAGCCAAUGUUUGGAGCAGCCAUGCUGAGGCAAGCAUUGGAGAGGAGAAUAGGGUCUCUUGAUAUGCAGCAGGCAGCGACAAGGAGAGAGGAAGCUGAGAGGGAAAGAGCCAUGGAAUGGAGUGAGCUGAGAAGGUUACUGGAUGAAAUAAGAGAUGGAGAGAGAGUAAUGAUUGCUGAGGUGGUUAGGGAGAGGGACGAGCGGGAGAAGGUGAGAAGAGAGAUGCAUGAGUUGAGGGAGCGACUGGAAGAGGCAAUGGGCAGUGGUGGAUUGGAGAGUUUGCUGAGGGGGCGACUGGGAGAGGCAAUGGGCAGUGGUGCAUUGGAGGGAGAGGAGGUGAGGGAGGGAGGGGGAGAGGCGAUGGGUGGUGGUGCAUUGGAGAGGGAGGAGGGGGAGGAGGAUGGGAGGGAUGAGAGAAUGGUGGAGGAGAGGAAAGAGGAGAGCAGAAGGGCAGAGAUGAAGAGGGUGGAGAGGAGGAAGGAGGAGAAGAGGGAGGAGAGGAGAGAGGAGAGAAGAGAGGAGAAGAGGAGGAUGGAGCGGAAGGAGAAAUGGAAGGAGAGGUGGGAAGAAAAGGAGGAGGAAAGGAGGAGAAGGAGAUUUCCUGGAGGAUAG